CCUGGAACAAAAAUGGGCAUCAGGAUAUGAUGUCAUGCUCCAGGGCUUGAGUUUUGAGUUAAUAAAUUGUUAUGAAUGAAAAAUGGUAAGAAAUACCAUCUGCUCAAGUUUCACAAAGUUACCCUGCAAAUUAUGAAGCUACUUAACUGAAGUUUGUGUUCUUGUAUUAUGUUGAAAAGAAUGAUGACUGAGUUUCUUCCAUGAUUGAUUUUCAGCCAAGAGGCUGAACAUUUAGAUACAUUUUCGGUCCAAAGUCUUUUAGCUAUAAGAAAUUGCUGAGUUGUAUGUAUAGCAGUUCACCCAAAUAGUUUUCUCACAUUUGAGGGAGUAUGAAAACAAGCUAAAGGAACAAAAUGUAGUGCGACCACCCCUUAAAGGAAUGUUCUAGGUUCAAAAAAGUUUAAGCUCUAUCCACAGCAUUUGUGGCAGAAUGUUGAUUAACACAAAUGAUCAUUUAGAUUCAACCCGCAUUUAAAAAAAAAAAAUAAUAAUAAUAAAAAAAAAAAAUAGAAUGUUUUAAUGAUAUAGAUUAAGAUAAAUUAUGAGAAUCUCAGCCUGAGAAACUGCUGAAAAAAAGUAACUUUUUUUUCGUACUUUUCGGAUUGGAUGAGAUAUAUUUCUGGGUGUAAAUAAGGUUGCUCCGAAAAACUGCUUUUUUGACCAUAACUUGAAUUGAACCCGGAACAUUACUUUAAGUGGCCAUUAACAAAUGGCACACGUGCAAACUAACUAAAAAAGUUUGUAUAAUUACCACAGGUAGUUUAGACAUCGCCACUGACAUCGCAAAGGUUAUGAUUUCAACACCAUUAUCAAGAUAGAAGAGCUGUUGUUUUGGUAUCAAGAUUCAAGAGCCUUAGGGUGUGUUCACACUUGGCAGGUUUGGUUCAAUUAAAAUGAACUCUGGUGUGAUUGCUCUGUUAGUGCAGUUCAUUUGAACAAGUGUGAAUGCUGCCAUUCGAACCUUGGUGCACACCAAACAAGUGGACCGAGACUGCCUGAAUAGUUUGUCUUCCAAACGAACUCUGGUGUGGUUCGAUUGAUAUAUGAACUCAACAUGGACCAAAGAUGUCUAAACGGACCACAAACAGGAAGUAAUUUGCCUAAUGGGGCUUUUCCACUGCACGGUAGGACUUGACUCUGCUCGCUUUUUGGGGGUUUUCCAUAUGUGGAUAGUACCUGGUACUUUUUUUAGUUCCACCUCGGUCGAUGUUCCAAGCGAGCCGAGCCGAUACUAAAUGUGACGUCAAAACCCUGCAUAUCACUGAUUGGCCAGAGAGAAUCGUCACUACCAGCGUCACUGGAUUUGUGACACGGGACAUCAACCCACUAUUUUUAAAGUUAGCAACAGCGAUAGCAGUAUAAUUUGUUCAUGCAACUUUCGAAUUGUAAAAAGAAAUGGCUGUGCGCAAAAGCACGCAGUGCAGAUGUUCCUCUCGUUAGUAGCCAAGGAGAGGAUCCAACGAGAUCUGGAUGGGGCGACGCGAAACAAAGUCUUUCAGGAAGUGUCUCAGCAGCUGUUGGCCACACAUGGCUACCACCGGACCUACCAACAGUGUAGGGAAAAUUAAAAAAAAAACCCAACAACUUAAAAGUGACUACAGAACCAUCAAGGACCACAGCAGCCGGAGUGGUUCAAACAGAAGAAAGUGGAAGUAGUUCGACCAAAUGGACGCUAUCUAUGGCAAUAGACCGGCGAGCAAUGGGAGGGAGAGUGCUCUGGACUCGGCCAUGGUGUUGUUGGAGUCCACGAUGGAGGAUGGAGGCGCUAUCCAUUCCACUCGGAAGUCACCAGAUUAUCAGGAGAGCACAUGGCCUGAGAACAGGUGCCAGUUCUGCUCUCUUCAGCCACCCCAGUGCCACUUUGCCAGCCCAGGGCUGGAAGUGCUCCCCCUCAUGGCAGGGUCAAAGACUACUAAGUUCAUCUGCUGCUACAGAAGAUGUCACAGUGCUGUAUCAGAACGGCUUGCCAGUGAUCUCUGUAUGUCUGCCGUCCCGACGAGAACGCUGCCAGUUUACCCUCAAACCCUUGAGUGACACGGUGGGUGUUUUCCUUCAACAGCUGCAGGCAGAAGACAGAGGCAUCGAUAGAGUCGCCAUCUACUCUACAGAUGGAGCAAGGAUAUCGUCCUCUACGGGGGUGGAUAUUUUACUUUUGGACAACUUUAAUCUAGUAAUUAAUGAUACAACACAUCUAGUGGAGCCGCCCAGGAGAGAUUUACUGCCACACGAGGAAGCAGAGCGACUGAACGAUGUCAAGUUCUUGGUGCAGCAGCUCUACACCACACUGCGCAUAGAGGAGCAUCAGCUCAGCAAAGAGAGAGAGCUGACUGGACGACUGGAGGACCUCAACUCUCAGCUCCGCCCACUAGAGAAGGUGAAAGAUGAGCUGAGUAAGAAAGCCGAACGCAGAACUACUUGGGUGCUGUGGGGUGGGAUGGCUUACAUGGCCACGCAGUUUGGCAUUCUGGCUCGUCUGACCUGGUGGGAGUACUCAUGGGAUAUUAUGGAGCCCGUCACGUAUUUCAUCACCUAUGGCACAGCCAUGGCCAUGUAUGCUUACUUUGUGCUAACACGUCAGGAAUAUAUUUACCCAGAUGCCAGGGACAGACAGUACCUGCUGUUCUUUCAUAAGGGGGCGAAGAGAACACGCUUUGACAUUGAGAAGUACAACAAACUAAAGGAUGCGAUUGCUGAGGCUGAGUUGGAUCUAAAGCGUCUUCGAGACCCCCUGCAGAUGAACCUCCCACUCCAACAAAUCGAUGCCAGCAAGGACUGAUGAGAACAUGAACCCUUCCUCCUCGCACCCUAAUUUCAUUCUUACUGUCAUGCCGUUCUUUCUGGUUUUGUUUUCUCUCUAUGUUUUUUAUCUUUUCUGCUAUCCACAGCAAGCUUCUGAGUUUUAUUAGCAUUAUUUGUUUUAUUUUAUUUUAUUUCGAGCUAAUCUGGCACAUCUAUGCAGAGGAGAAGGGAAUACAAUUAAACAAAAGAAAAAAGAAAUGACAUCCUUGAACGGAUGGUGAUGAGUUGCUUGCCGAUCAAAGCGCUUUGAUAACGCUACUACUGAACCACAGAGAACAACGCCGCAAUUUACAGGAAGUCCCUGCUUUCAGGUGGGAAGUUGGGACAUUGGGAUUCAAACAGUAUCUUGGGUUGAACAGUUUUUUCCACAUUGGAGUACUGCUCUUCCUAACUCUGACAAUUUGCCGGAGAGAUGUUGGGAUGUUGCUCUUUUCCACUUUGGAGAAGAUGUGUUUACCAUCGAACCAGUCCUCUUGUGGCUAUAACGCUGCAUCGACACCUGUACCUGUUCCUAAAAGCCUAAGCUAAACCCUCUUGAUUUGCCCUCUUUCCUGCUUCCUGUACGGACCUGUUAAAAGCUGAAGACAAAUCUAACAGCUAAAAUAUCACUGUGUGUUCUAUUAUUCCAAAAAGAAAAAGAGAUUUUGGCAUUUUUUUAUUUUAAAAGCCAUAGUAUGUUUAUUAUUAUGGAAAAACAAAUGAGAAGAAACUUUUUCUUCUUCUCAUUUUUAGAGGAUUUUCUCUUUUUUUUUUUUUUCAUGUUAUGCCAUCAGGCAUUACAUAUCUGCAAAUGCCCUGUAUUUUCUUAAAAAAAAUAGAGCCGUUAUGAGAAUUACCUGUGAGAACCUGUAAGAGAAUUAUUGGUAAAACUUUGCAUUAUUGUUUCCUUUGUUUAGGGUUUAUAAAGGGGUUCAUUAAUGACGAAUAAUUAAUUUACAAAUGCAUUAUAAAUAAUUAAUAUGCAGUUAUAACAUGAUUAAAAAGGGGGACUUUAGUGCAAUACUUGCCAAAUACUGAGCAUUUUAUCUUGCAUGUUAUAAAUGCUUUAUACAUAUACAUUUAUUAUUAUAGUGAGAUUAAAAGGAGGGAUUAUGUUAUUCUGCUACGGUAUGCUUUGUGUUUAUAUUCAAUACUGUAACGUCUUCUCACUUGCGAUGUCAAUUUCCUUGUCACGUUGAUGUCAAAAGAAUGGUGACUCUCCGAGUGCUGUCCCAACUUACCUAAAGUCCUCUGCAUUCUUCAUAUGUGUCCACUUUACAUUAAUGUACAUUUUCAUAGGUUGUUAAUGUUGAAUAAGUGUUAUUAAGCAUUUCUAACAUGUGAUGUAAAAUGGCUUACUAUUUGGCAGGUAUUACAUUAAAGUGACCCUUUUUAUCAGUGAUUUAUAAUGCAUUUGUAAAUGGCUUAUUAGUCAUUAAUAAGCCCAUUUCUAAACCCUUUACAAAUAAGACUUUUUAGAACCUCACUUUUUGAUUUAUAAGUAAAAUGUGGUCUGUGGUUAACAGUACUUGAAGAGGUUUUCACAAUGUAUUCUACAACAUAAAUUAUACACAUUCAUACUUCAAACGUGACUUUUGCAAUUGCGGUGCUUUAAAAGCGUUAGUUGCUACAAGUUGCUAAAUAAAAACUACAAAAGAUGUCCAAUUCAUGAAACAUGCAAACUCGCAUGCUUUUGGUAGUUGCAGUCCUUAUUGAGCAUCUUUUGUUUAAAGAAAAAUAAAUUGGCUUAAAAAUUCACGUUUGAGGUAUGACUGUGCAAUUUAUGAUGUAAAACCAAACGUGAAAGUGUCUACAAGUAAUGUUAACCAUAGGCAUUAUUUUACUCAUAAAUACAAAACAGAUAUUAUAAAAACCCAUUGGAAAUUCCCAAGGGAUUCCAGAGGUGAAUGACCUUUUCGAGUUGACUUUUGACAAAUUGAGGUCUUGACUGAACAGCUCUAUUCCCAUUAUAAAAUGAAGCUCAAUUGUCAAUCCCUAACGCUCUGUGCAUUUCAUACUGAUUUUAUUACUUUAUUGGUAUGAUGCUUGGGCACAUUUACAUGUACACACAUGAAUACACACUCCCUCGGUUUACAUUGUGAUGACAAACACACAUGGAUGCUUUGCAGAUGUGCAAAGAUUUGUUUUGAGUGAUUUUCAUUGGUUCUUUUCAAAAGUUUCUCCCUUUUUUUCUCUCUAUAAAUCUUCUGUCAAACAACAUGAAAUGUCAUUUUCACACAGUGCCUCACAGCAUCCGCUGCAGUGUGCUUGUUAGGGUUCUGAAAUUCUUCUGAACAAACACAUGUUAAUUAAAUACAGUCCAAGAAACUGACCCAUCGAACCAUCUUAAAGGGAAAGUUCACCCAAAAAUGAAAUUCCUGUCAGCGGAUUUUGAAUGACAUGAGGAUGGAUGAAUAAACAAAGACAGAAUUUAAAUUUCUGGGUGAAGUAUUUCUUUAAGGCAGGUCACUGUGUAAAAUGUGAUCUAAUUUUCUUUAUCACAUUUUGGACACAAUCUAGUUCUCAUAACUCAUGUGGCGUUUUUAGCUACAUAUAUCUGCCUCGAUAUGCCAAGAGUCUUCUGGUACUUGCUGAGAACGUGUAAUAUAUUAGAUCCUAGAAUUAGCGUGUGUUUUGCACACUUUGUGGCAUGCUAUAGAGAGAGAUUGUCGCAUCCUUUGUCUAUAUGUGGUAUCUUUAGCAGUCAGGCCUUAGCAAUGGUUUGGCCGAACUUCAACAUCUUUUCCAUCAGUUUUGUCUCACAACUUCAGUCCAAUUAUUUUUUGCCCAGAUAUCAUGGCGAUUCAUGAUCAUCAAAUAUCUUUUUGGGAUAUGAGAAGCUCUCAUAAUCUGUUUCCCUUCAAGUGUUUUGUGUUAACAUAAAUGGCUCCUUCUUUUUCAGUGUGUUUGAAUUCAACGCUUGUUGUUCUUUGAGCAAACUGAUCAUAUUAAGACAUUUUAAGGAAAAGUGAUGUUUCACUGGACCAUAAUCCAGACCCAUGAUCAUUUGGUCUCUUUUGGGAUUGACUCGGCCUCCUCUAUACUACAUACUUGGAGAAAUACCUCUGUGGUACUGUAGUUGACGUCCAUCCGUUAUGUUUUUGCCUAUAUGCUCUUCUUAAAUAAUUUUAAAGCCAUAUUCAUGUUUUGUCAGUGUCUGUAUAGGCAGAUGGGCCACAUAAGUGUCCGCAAUCCCCAUAGUGUCCGUUCUUACUCUGUUUAAAUAUUAUAAGGUGAGCCUACGGCUCUGAAGGAAUAGUUCGCCCAAAAAUUCUAAAUUUGUCAUUAUUUAUCCACUCUCAUGUCUUUUCCAACCAGUAUGCUAUUUUAACACAAAAUUAGAAAUUUUGAAGAAUCUUCAUGCUGCUCUUUCCCAUUCAACGACGGCUGUCAAGCUCCAAAAACGUACCAUAAAAGUAGUAUAUACGACUUAUGCACUAUUUUUCAAGUCUUCUGAACUCAUGCAACAGCGUUGUGUGAGCAGCAGACUGAAAUUGAAGUCGCUAUUACCGGAAAAUCUCUUUUCAGACUGAGCUCUCAAAUCUCAUUCGCACAUGUGUUUAAUUAAAAAAUAGUGGCACCAAGUUUGUCGUCAUUAAGAUACAGCAAGUUUGAUUAUGCACAACCGCAAAUAAAAUUUGAGAGCUACAGCAGAGGGGAAGAUGAUCAGUGAAGAACGGCUUAAAUUUCAGUCUGUUCCUCACACAAAGCUCUCGUAUGGUUUCAGAAGACUUGGAAUAUAGUGUGCGAGUUGUUUUGACUGCUUUUAUGAUACAUUGAUGGUGCUUUUUGGCCUUUUUUGGAGCUUAACAGUAUAAAUCACUUUCAUCACUGCAAAAAAUUAUUUUCUUACUGAGUAUUUUUGUCUUGUUUUCCAGUAAAAAUAUUGAAACAUCACUUUUUUUUUUUUUUUUUGGAGAAAUUAACACAUUUUAGUUUAGGAAACAUUUAGUAACAUUAGCAAAAAAUAAUAAAAAUAAAUAAAUAAAAAAGUACAUUUAGUUUUAAAUACAAAAUUAAAUGUAAAAUUAGUAACAUUUAAUAAUAAUAAAAAAGUUACAUUCUUAUUACAAGAAAAGACUAUUUGCCAUUGAGGUAAGGAAAAAGCUUGAUUCAAAAGGAAAACUAGUUUAUUUUUCUUACUCUACUAGCAUUCUUAUUUCAAGCAUAAAACCCACUAAAUAUUAUUAGAUUCCUCUGCAAACAGGACUUAUAAUAUGUUAUUUUCAUUCUGGUUCUUAAGUACUUUUUUCUUGGUUCAAGGAUUUUUUGAUAUUUUUACUGAAAAAUAAGACAAAAAAAAGUUUUUUUGCAUUAGUUGUAUGGAAUGAUCAGCGUGAACAUUGUUUUAUGUUUCACAGAAGAAAGAAAAUAAUAUAUGGUUGGAGCAACAUGAGGGUGAGUAAAUGAUGACCACAUUUUAAUCAUAAGUAUUAUUUUUUUAAUAAAAUUAAAAAGAAUUAUUCCUUUAAAAAGACGUUUGGAAGGGAAAGCACAAUCCAUUCAUCAUAAACCUCUAAACUGUGGCUUUUGGAUUUGGAUUUUGCAUGUCUGGCUGAAUGUUUGAGAGUGGAAGUGUUGCGUUGGUUGUUGUUGAGGAGAGUUCAGGUCAAAGGGCAUUACCAAGAGUGAACGACUGAUUUAAACUGUAAUUUAACACAGCAAGACUUGAGCUUUAACUGCACUGUAUCUGACCCAGCAGGUUUGAAAUGAAAUGCUUCUCUCUUCUAUCAAAAUUUGUAUUUGAAUAGUGUUUGUUUGACCACAUGUCCUACUAUGAACUGAAAUUUUGAGAGGGGUUCACAUGUGUUUUAUACAUGGACAGAGUUGGUGGUCGCGAUUUUGCCAAGUAGGAACUAUUCCUGGAACAGCACUUUUUUCAAACCAACCCUAACCAUUAAAUACACCUAUAAAGUCAGAGGGAAAAUACUAGUUGAUACAUAAAUUGUUACUCCUCCUUGGCAAAAUCACAGUCACCAGACACGGUCAUCUGUAACAGUGUGACACUGAAAGAAUGAGACAUUAUGAAUUCAUGCAUUUAUAUCUGGUAACUCUUUAGUGCAAACAUCUUGUCUUAUGUUGGCAAAGUAUAGACGUUCAUGAAUUUUACAUAAUAUACAUGCAUAAUCUUCAUCCAAAGCAAUCCAGAUCAAUUUGAGCAUACUGUAAAUCCAUCCAACUGCCUCACAUAUGUGAUGAUCAAUCAUAGAUUCAUCCCAAACACACUCUUAAAACGUUAGUGCAGGGCACUGCAGUUCAAAAAACAUGCCCAUCUCCUCUUUCAAAGAGGCCCAGAAAACUGACUUCCCUUGAACUACAUCAGAAGUUCUUGGGCCUGAUUAUUAUUUAAUGAUAAGUUUAACUACUUUUAGUUUAUUUUGAAGGGUUUCUUUUUGUUUCAGGGAUUUUUAUAAUAAUAUAUCAAAUAUAUGGAACUUAUUCUAAAGCGGGUGUUGCAUGAAUGUAUGUUUACAUAGGGAAAUUAUAUAAAAAUGAAUUUAAAAAAAGAUUAUUAUGAAUGCUCCUGGUUUAUCAAUAGUUGAUUUUUAGUCCCCAACCCUCUAUGGGCCAGCAGUGAGGGUGACCUCAUCUACUGCAAUGGCCCUGAAUGAUAAAGGAUCUCAACUACAUUGUUUCAGUCUGUCUGUGCUCUCUCAGUCUCAAUACUGCUGCUCGAACGCUCGUGUCUUUCAGAAGAGCUGCAGUGCUGCCUUUAUUCUGAACUGAGAACAGAGAGUAUGGAAUGGACCUGAGCCCAUUAUUUCUCCGCCUCUGACGCCACUUGCUUCGCCCAUGUUUCUUUCUUUAGUCCGUCUCUUUACUCCCACACCGAUUACAUUUUAAAAAAUGUGUAUUAUUUUAAAGUUCUCUCAUGUGCACUUAUAAUGAAAAUUAUAUUACGGGGAAAAAGGAAAUGUGUGACACAGAAUGAAAAACAUUUUUGCUUUAUUCAUAUACUUUAUUUGUGCAUUGUUUUUUCAUUGGCAUCGGAUGCUGUAAUGUUAGAAGACUUUAAAAAUGAAAAUGUAAAAUCCUGUAUCAUUUAUCAAAUGUGUAUAAAAAUGUAAUUCAAUUAUCAAUAAAUACUUAUCCAAUU